AUGGGGACGCACAAUUGUCUGUGGCUCUUACGCCGUGUCAUUAACCGCCGAAGUAGGAAAGCGCUUCCCGACUAUAUCUUAGCCUUAGACAUGCGUAAGGCUUUUGAUAACGUUUCACAGGAGGCCAUACUCCAAGAAUUAGCGCAGCGCUACCCAAGCCAACGUGCCCAAGACUGGAUUCGCUCGUUCCUCCAACAGCGACCUAUUCAACUCAAUGGAAAGGCCUCGGGAUGGACUCCGAAAACCUAUUUCUUGGAUAGGGGGGUCCCCCAGGGGUCCAUCCUCGGACCUUUGCUGUUCAAUCUAGCAAUGACACGGGUGGCCCAGCGGCUGGAACGUGACACUGUUGCCCGUUUUACUAUAUAUGCAGACGAUGUUACAAUUUGGACUGAAGCAGCGGAUUACCCGGACAGUCAAACAAUGCAGAUCGAACUACAGGCGGCGGUCCUCAGCGUCUCGCAAACUCUCGAGGAGCUAGGUCUAGAGCUAUCCCCGGAAAAAACAGAACUGCUCAGUGUAGAUGGCAAGCACGUGACGAACCCCGCUCACCAAAUUACCCUCCACGUCGGCUCGCAGGACAUCCAGUCUAGCAAUGGCCAGACUCGCAUCCUAGGGAUUCAGAUCGCCAGCUGUAAUAGCCCUAAAGCGUGGACUAAACAUCUGCGCAAACACUGGUCCCCACUGCUACACACCAUUAGACGGGUCUCCAAUAAAUAUGGUGGAGCCCGGCAGCAAUCUUGUCAAACACUGGCGCGUGCUACGGCUGUUGGCCGGAUACUAUACGGUACACCAGCCUACGACUGCACCCCAACCCUGCUACGAGACAUAGAACGCCUGCACAGGGCCACGCUGCGCACCAUCGCCGGUCUGCCCAAACACGUACGCAACGACAGGCUCUUGGCCACGGUGCCAAUACCUCCCAUAGAUGUCAUUAUGGCUGAAGCACGUAGCCAAUUUACCUCUAGAUUAGAAAAUACCUUACAAGGGCGAAGCACCCUAGCAUGGGACCUUCAGCGUCACGUUGCCUGGAGCGGCCCUGAUGAAGCUUCGCCGUGGGAUAGCCCCGUCAUCAGCCUAAAACCCAUCAAAGCGAUACCUACACAAAACUCCGACCUCCGUAACCGCAUGGCCUACCAGCACCACAACGCUGAAAAUAAUGGACACAUUCACAUUUACACUGACGCCAGUUUUUUGGCGGACCGAGCCGGAUUAGCGUGGCAUUGCACCUCUCGACCAGAGCUCACAGGCGCUCAUACAUGCACUCUACCGCAAGGCACCGCCCUGCAGGCUGAACUAUUAGCAAUAUGGGGAGGGACCUGCUCGAUUCCCAACCUCCCUGAUCUUCAAAGAGAACAGACGCUAACGCGUACAUACCGAAUCUACACGGACUCCGUCGCAGCUCUAGAAGAACUGUCAACACCAACGACCGAAGAUGCUACCGCUGUUGAAAUCCGUAAACGCCUUCGGAUGCUUCAAGACUUGGGCGCGGAUGUUCAGAUCCUCUGGACGCCAGCCCAUACCGGGGUCCCAGGAGGAAACGCUGCAGCACAUGCAGCCGCCACACAGGCACGUGGGAGCAACGUAACUACAACCCCACCCUCCUCACAGAUCCCCUUCGCAAAUCCCUAUUUGACCUUGAUGACGCCUCGGAGUUUUCUGCACUAUCUACGCACACGUAUCCGCAAAGAUAGUAAGGAUCGCCUCCAGAGGGCGACACCCGAAACCCUUUUCUCCCCCACCGACAAAUACACGCGCGCACAAGAAGUAUUUCUUAACAAAAUCAUGACUAACGCUGCAUACACACCACAUAUUAUUCAAAAAUGGCUCCCUAUCGACCUCAAUAUUCCCCUAAGCUGCCCUCACUGCCAGAAGACAGCAAAAGCAGACCUCCUUCAUCUUAUAUGGGAUUGCUCCGCAUUCACGACCGGCCGGGACACGAUCGUACACAUCCCUCAUUCCGACCAUGCAACCCUCGUUCAACACCUCUUCGAUCAACCAGCCAAUAGACACCUUCUCGCCACUUUUGGUAGCGUUAGCGGUCUGACCAGGAUGGUGUAGGCUGACUUACU